AUGGUCAACGCACCUGACCCAUUUGAUUUCCUUCAUCGCAAAUUAGAACAAAUCUUACUCGCCCAAGCCAAUUUUUCCAACACCCUCAUGGACAUUGCCAACCGCACCACCCACCUAGAAAACCAGAUCUCCCUCCCCCCUCCACCACUCAGCUCCCACAAAUCGAUGAAACUCAACCUCCCAUCCUUUGACAAUAUUGAUCCUCUUGGCUGGAUCUUCAAGGUGAACCAUGUUAGAAAUGUAGGCUGA